GCUGUGCUCUCAGUCUCCAUACCACUACACAUGAAACUUUCAGACUAGACAAUUAAUGCACUCGUCUAUACAGUGGACAUGGCAGCUACAGUGUCCAGUUAUAAGCCAGUCACUCAUGUCCUAUUUGACAUGGACGGCUUGUUGCUUGACACGGAGCGAUUAUACACGGUGUCUUUCCAAGAGGUCUGCGACCGCUACGGGAAGCUGUACACCUGGGAGGUGAAGGCGUCCGUGAUGGGCAAGAAGGCCUUGGACGCCUGCAGGGUCAUCCAGGAGUCCCUCGAGCUGCCGCUGACCCCGGAAGAGCUGCUGCAAGAGAGUCGUAAGAUCCAGGAGAAGAUCUUCCCCUCCGCAGCGCUAAUGCCAGGUGCGCAGAAGCUUGUCACUCACCUGCACUCUCACGGGGUGCCUAUCGCCGUGGCGACCAGCUCCGCGGGCGUGACCUUUGACAUGAAGACCGGCCGACACAAAGACUUCUUCGGUCUCUUCCAUCAUGUUGUCACGGGAGACGACCCCGAGGUGAAGAACGGCAAGCCGCAGCCCGACUCCUUCCUGGUGUGUGCCAGCCGCUUUGACCCCGUGCCCAAACCAGAGCAGUGCCUGGUGUUUGAGGAUGCGGUGAACGGUGUAGCGGCGGGCGUGGCAGCUGGGAUGCAGGUUGUCAUGGUGCCAGAUGAGCGGAUGGACCGCGCCCUUACCCAGAAUGCAACGCUGGUGCUGAGCACCCUGGUGGACUUUAGACCAGAGCUCUUCGGCCUGCCGGCAUAUGGGACGCACUCCUGACACACACACACACACACACACACACCCACAGACAGACAGACAGACUCACCGGAAGAUUCACAGAACAUCAAACACACACACUUAUUGAUGGCUGAUUACUGAUUAUUGAUUAUUGUUUAUUGUCUAUUAUUGAUUAUUGUUUUUCUGCAUGUAGCUGUGGCCUUUCUUCUAGGAAACAGUCAAUCUAGAAAGACACACACACACACACACACACAAAGUAUGUGCACACACACACACUAAUUCACAAUCAUCAGUGCUAGACACAUACACACCCACUCACACCCCCCCC